UGUUCUCUCCACCCGUCUCUCCACCAUCACCAUCUUUCUUUCUUUCCUUCAACCAGCCCUCGAAACUUCCAGCCUUGUCAGGUACAACAGCUUCUUUCAUUACUCGCAGCAGUAUUUUCCAUCUUGUAUAUAUUCUGGUUGUCGAGUCCUCCAUCUCGAUCCUUCAUUCCACAUCAGAUCACAUCAACGAACACAAUCACGAAGACAGUCACGAACACAAUCACGAACGCAGUCACGAACGCAAACGCAACAACAAACACUUACAACAACACCCUCAUAUCACCUCUUAUUCAGCCGGUCUGAAUAAAAGAAAAAAGAGUAUCGCCAAGAUGCAGUUCACCACGCUCUUCGCAGCUCUGGCCCUUGGGUCCGCAGCCAGUGCACACAUGGCCCUCCAGUACCCGGCUCCGUUCCGAGCCGCUUGGAACCCCAACUCCGAUCAAUCAAAGAUCGACUACAGCAUCACAUCGCCCCUCAACUCCGACGGCUCCAACUUCCCCUGCAAAGGCUACCAGGUUGACAUGGGAACACCCGCUGGCGCCUCUGUCGUCACUUGGACCGCAGGCGGCUCCUACAACUUCAGCGUCGAGGGCGGCGCAACCCACGGCGGGGGAUCAUGCCAAGCUUCGCUCUCGUACGACCAGGGGAAGACAUUCAAAGUCAUCCACUCCUACAUCGGUAGCUGCCCUCUGUCGUCCGGCGAGGACUUCAAGUUCACAAUGCCCGCCGACGCACCAACUGGAUCCGCAAUGUUCGCUUGGACUUGGUACAACGAGAUCGGCAACCGCGAGAUCUACAUGGACUGUGCAUCAAUCACCAUCGACGCAGGCAGCGGAAGCGCACCAGCGGUCAAAUUCGCUGAUCGUCCUGAUCUCUUUGUCGCUAACCUUGACAAUGGCUGCACCACAGUCGAGGGCAAGGAAGUGCAAUUUCCCGACCCAGGACCAUCUGAAGACGUCACCACCAAGGACUCGGUUUCCGAUGACUCGGGAUCUUUCACCGGAACCUGUGCCGCAGUGAAGGGUAUCGGCGGCGGAUCUGGAUCUGCCCCGUCUGGCUCUGGCUCUGGUUCAGGUUCUGGUUCAGGUUCUGGAUCCGGAUCCGGAUCUGGUUCAGAUUCAUCCAGCCCUUCGCAAUCCUCAACUCCAGCUGCAAGCACACCUGCUCCAACAACAAUGUCGACUGUUACCACCUCCGCGGCGCCCUUCACGUCGACUGGUUCGCACGCGCCCGGAGUCUUCGCAACAGUCCCAACCUCAGCCGCUGCCUCGUCAACGCCUAGCCCAUCAGCAGACAGCCUCCCCGCAACCACACCAGCGGCGAGCCCCGCAGCUGCCUCCAGCACCGUCGCCGCGGCUCCCCCAAGUGGCACCGGGUCCGCACUCGGCUCCGUCGCAGCAGGCACUUCCUGCACAACCGAUGGAAUGUGGAACUGCGUCGGUGGUAACUCGUUCCAGCAAUGUGCGAGCGGAACCUGGUCCGUGGUGAUGCCACUGGCGGAUGGCACCUCGUGCACACCAGGCCAGGCAGCGAACAUCAACAUCGCUGCCAUUUCGAGGGUCAAGCGAAACGCGCGACGCAGCUUGGCGCAAAGCAGCGUGAGGAGGCAAGUGAGAAGAGAAGCAGGCGCGAACAUCUGGAGGGCAUGA